AUGUACUCCCUCCUUCCCCCUUCAUGUCCCUUCCCCCCUUUGGGCCCCCUUUUUUCCCGUCCCCCUUCUGUAUUUCCUCACCCACGGAACCGCAGUCGUGGUGUGGAUCUGAUUCGUGUGUCGUACAUACCCGACUCGCGAUCAGAUAUCCGGGAGGCUGUGCUCGACCUCCGUGGUCGCGUGGGGCCGAGUGGCUUCGUGUUCACCAGCGGGGGCAUAGGGCCCACACACGAUGACGUUACGUACGAGGCAGUGGCGGAAGCUAUGGGUGUGAGUCUACAGCUGCACGAACCCACGGUGGAGAGAAUGAGGGUGUCGUACUCAGCACGGGGUUUGGAGCUGAACGAUGCACGGCUGAGGAUGGCCACGCUGCCCACUCCCAGCGAGGUGCUGUUCACCCAGGGCUUGUGGGUGCCCCUGGUGAAUCUGAGGGGAGUGUAUGUACUGCCGGGCAUACCGCGGCUGUUCCAGGCCAUGAUCGCCGCACACCAGGAGCGCUUCACGGGAGUCGCCUUCCAGUCCGCCGCCCUGUAUACUCGUCUGGGGGAGAGCGACCUGGCUCAGGCCCUGACAGCGGUGGCGGCUAAACACCCGCACGUGGCCAUUGGGUCGUACCCGCACACGGCGGCCGACACAGACGCCGCGCCGUACAAGGUCAAGCUGGCCUUCACGUCGCGGGACGGGGAGGCGUUGGCGGCGGCGGUGGCGGACGUACGAAGCAGCAUGGGGGAUAUCUUCAUAGCUCCUCCCCCAUAG